AAUCAUCAGACAAAAGCAUUCUCUCACAACUUCGAUGUGCUGUGUUUCUCUUCUCUGUCUCCACCAUUCAUCUUAGCAGACUACAGAAAGACAUGGGAAACUCCAGAAACACCUCCCUGGACACCGUGGUGACAGAUUUCAUUCUCCUGGGCUUGUCUCACCCCCCGAACAUGAAAACCCUCCUCUUUCUGGUCUUCCUCAUCAUCUACAUCCUGACUCAGCUGGGGAACCUGCUCAUUCUGCUCACGCUGUGGGCCGACCCGAAGCUCCAUGCCCGCCCCAUGUACGUCCUUCUGGGCGUGCUCUCGUUCCUGGACAUGUGCCUCUCCUCAGUCAUCGUUCCUCGGCUUAUUUUGGAUUUUACUCCUGCCAGCAAAGCUAUCCCAUUCGGUGGCUGUGUGGCUCAACUGUAUUUCUUUCACUUUCUGGGCAGCACCCAGUGCUUUCUCUACACCUUGAUGGCCUACGACAGGUAUCUGGCAAUAUGCCAGCCCCUGCGCUACCCCGUGCUCAUGAGUGGGAGGUUGUGCACAAUCCUGGUGGCUGGAGCUUGGGUGGCCGGCUCCAUCCAUGGCUCUAUCCAGGCCACCCUGACCUUCCGCCUGCCCUACUGUGGGCCCAACCAGGUGGAUUACGUUUUUUGUGACAUCCCUGCAGUGUUGCGACUGGCCUGUGCUGACACAACUGUCAAUGAGCUUGUGACCUUUGUGGAAAUUGGGGUGGUGGCUGCCAGUUGCUUCAUGUUAAUUCUUCUUUCCUACGCCAACAUAGUCCAUGUCAUCCUGAAGAUACACACUGCUGAUGGGAGGUGCCGGGCCUUCUCCACCUGUGGUUCCCACGUCACCGUGGUCACGGUCUACUAUGUCCCCUGUAUUUUCAUCUACCUUCGGCCAGGCUCCAAGAGUCCCCUGGAUGGGGCAGUGGCUGUGUUUUACACUGUUGUCACUCCAUUACUGAACCCCCUCAUCUACACACUGAGGAACCAGGAAGUAAAGUCUGCUCUGAAGAAGAUAAUAGCAGGUCGAGGGACUAUGAAUGAACAUAAGUAACUACAGGCUCAGGGACCACCCGCAUCACCGUCACUACUACUCUUUUCAGCUACUGCUAC